AGGCUGGUUAGUUUUGACCGUACUACUUGUGCCAUAAAAAAAAUCGAUCCUAAUUUGGGCUUUUAUAUCUGUCAAGCCCUUUUUUGAACUGUGAUCAUUAAAUGAAGGGUUGUAAUCUGGAAAGACCCACCUAUUCCUGUAAUUGGAUGAGGGAGCAGGGACACUGUCUCUGGUGCUCUCAAUAAGAGGGAAUGUUGACCAGGGAGCACCGCUGGGGCUGUUCUUAGGAGCAGGAACCAGAGCCCCGGCUGAGUCCGAAAAUCUUAGAAUCCAGACUUUGGCUCAAGAACCCUUGGAAGUGGAAGAUGGAGGAGCCAGAGGACCUGUCAGACAGUGGGCAGUCGCUGCUCCCGGUUUACAUUUACAGUCCCGAGUAUGUCAGCAUGUGCGACUCCCUCGCCAAGGUCCCCAAACGGGCCAGUAUGGUACAUUCUCUGAUUGAAGCAUACGCGCUGCAUAAACAAAUGAGGAUAGUGAAGCCCAAAGUGGCCUCCAUGGAGGAGUUGGCCACCUUCCACACUGAUGCCUAUCUGCAGCAUCUCCAGAAGGUCAGCCAAGAAGGUGAUGAGGACCAUCCAGACUCCAUAGAAUAUGGACUAGGUUAUGACUGCCCAGCCACUGAAGGGAUAUUUGACUAUGCAGCGGCUGUAGGAGGAGCUACAAUCACAGCUGCCCAGUGCCUGAUUGAUGGGAUAUGCAAAGUAGCAAUUAAUUGGUCUGGAGGGUGGCAUCACGCAAAGAAAGAUGAAGCAUCUGGUUUUUGUUAUCUCAAUGAUGCUGUCCUGGGAAUAUUACGAUUGCGACGGAAAUUUGACCGUAUUCUCUAUGUGGAUUUGGAUCUGCACCAUGGAGAUGGUGUAGAAGAUGCCUUCAGUUUCACAUCCAAAGUCAUGACCGUGUCCCUGCACAAAUUCUCCCCAGGAUUUUUCCCAGGAACAGGUGACUUGUCUGAUGUUGGCCUAGGGAAAGGACGGUACUACAGUGUAAAUGUGCCCAUUCAAGAUGGCAUACAGGAUGAGAAGUAUUAUCACAUCUGUGAAAGUGAGAAAGUCUCUAAACGGUGUUGAAAGUACUUGUUGGAAAACAUGGCCAAGCUGGGAUGCAAGCUAGAAAGUCAAGAGAUGGGACCUACUGGCAGCCUGUCCAUGUCACAGGCCUGGCUAGAGGGAUCUCUUAGGGUAACAAUGCCCUACCACCAGCUUUGAUCCUGAGUGACUGUAGCACUAUCACUCUGGCAUCUCAUUGCCUGAAGAUGAGAAUUUUAGGAUCAUAACUGUUUAACAUAUCAAUAGACACAUCCCUCUGCACUCCCCGAACACCACCUCCGCCCAUCAUUCCAUUCCCUCACCACAGUGCUAUCAUCAGUAAAUGGCACCAGUGAAUGCUGUCAAGGAUACAGAGCAGAAGCUGUGGUCCAGCAUCAUGGACUAGAAGAAAAGAGAGUGUCUCAAAGACUUUUUUGUGGGGCUUUUCUCCUAUAGAAAAUACCGUGCCUGUCAUCACUCCUGGCUUUUCUCUUCCUUGGGCUUAAAUGUCCUCCCCCAACUCAAGGCCUGCUGAAGCUGCUGUGCCUGUGUCUCCUCAUUUGCAUAGCCUCCUCUGAAAGCCCGAGGACUGAAGACUGGGGGAUCAGGUUUCUCAUCAAGAAAACUGCAUUUCAAAUGAAUGUCUUGUGUGUUUAUAAGGAAGUUACUAAUGUGGUGUAAUGAGAUGUCUGUCUUCCCCCUCCGUUCUGGGGAAGAGAUUUUAUGCUUUCACAAAACCUAAAAUUAAUUAUUUACAGUGUAGCAUAUAGCACUGUUGCAGUGAUUAGGAAAACUUUCCCAAAAGGAAUCUGGGGUGACAUUUCAUUCGCUUAUUCAUUUAAUGACUAUUUAUUGAAUCUUUACUAUAUCUAAAGUAUUGAUUCUAUGCACAAGGAAGUUAGGGGAAAUUUUAAAAUGUUAGAUAGAUAGAGAUUGAUUUUCAUAUUCACACAAAUUUGAAUAAAACAAAACACAGAAAGUUGUAAAAGCCAUAAAAUAUGGGAUGCUGUGGGCAUUCAAAGGAAAUAAAAUACUCCAGGAAAAGGCCUAAUUAAGGAGGUAACAUUUGAUCUGGGUUGUAAAGGGUACCUAAUUACUAUAUCUUUACAAAGCGUGUGAACGUGUAUGCAUAUUUAUAAAAUCUGGGUCAAGUUUGAAUAUACAGAAAUUAUAAGGACGGAUGUUCUUUGCAGAGGGUGCAAUAAGAUCAGAGUUGGAAGAAGCUGCACUGUAUAUGGAGAAUAGUGGUGGUUUAGUUUGGCAGGACUGUAAAGUACAUGAGAGGAAGAAGUUACAAAGACUGGAAAAGCGGGUGGGGUUCACAGCAUGGAGGAUCUGAAAUUCUUAGCUCUAAAGAUUUGUACUAUAUUCUAUAAGCAAUUAGGAGAACCAGUGAACAUUUUAGAAUGAGGAAAUAAUAAGAUCAGAGUUUGCUUGAGAAGAUUAGCACCCAAAAUAAUGACUCUGAAGUGGCACUGCUGUUAUGUGAGAAUGGCUGGCACGUGACCUGCCAUACUAUAGUUUAGAAAGUCAUGGGAGCAGGGAGAUUACAAUAGGUUAGAGGUUACACUCUAAUGCCAAACUGCAGCCCUGCCACUUAACAGAUGUGUGAUACUGUGUAGACAGCUGAACUUCUUUGUGCUGCACUUUCCCCGUCUGUAAAAUAAGAUUCAUAAUACCUAUCUUAU